CAGACGCCUAUGCUGAGCUCUGUCCUCUCUCCAGACUUCCAAGAGGGGAGACCGCUGGUCCUGAGGUGUCCGACAAAGGUGUUUCCUCAGAAGUCAGCCUCAUGGCUCUUUUACUCUUUCUAUAAGGACAGUCAUCUCACUCAGGACAGGAGUCACCUCCCAGUACUCUACAUCUCAGAAGUCGAAGACUCUGUUUACCAGUGUAUGGCGGCCACUAAAGAUGGCCUAAUCCGGAAACAAAGUCACCAGCUGGAGAGCCAAGUACAGGUGCCUGUAUCCCAUCCUGUGCUUACUCUGCAACAUGAAGCCACUAACCCUGCUGUAGGAGACAUGGUGGAGUUUCCCUGUGAGGCCCAGGAGGGCUCCCUUCCAGUCUCGUGCUCAUUCUACUGUGAUGGAGAGAUCCUAGGGGAACCCCUGGCUUCCACUGACAAUGUUUCCUCCCUCCUCAGCCCAGUGAAGUCAGAGUGGAGUGCUCGGAACUAUUUCUGUGAAGCGAAAAACAGUGUCUCCAGAGAGAGGAGUGAGUCCGGGACGUUCCCCUGGUUGGUAUGUUUUGUCCCCACGGUCUGUGAGCCCCGGUAA